GUUGGCAAAUACUUAGCUCCAAUGGUGAUUAUUUUCAUUAAAAACACACUCCCAUGUGUUUUAUUUCUUACUUAUGUACGUUGUAACCAUGAUCUGAACUUGCUUUUAACAGGGGGCUCGGUCUCUAGAGAAGUGAGUGCUUAUGCAGGGGGAGGAAUCAACAUCAAGUGCAGAUAUGAGGAUGAAUAUAAAGACAAACCCAAAUCUUUCUGUAAGAUGGGAACACAUCAGUGGUGUUUUAAUCGAAUAUCAACAAAACUAAACAGUGAAUGGUCACAUGAUGGCAGAUUCUCAAUUCAGGACAGCAGAAGUGCAGGAUUCUUCAGUGUGUUUAUCAGAGAGCUGAUUACGGAAGACACUGGAACAUACGCGUGUGCUGUUGUUGUGUCUGAUGAAAUACAGAUCUACACUGUAGUGACGCUGAAUGUAACAGAAGAUCUGUCCUAUGAGAAGUCCAUCAGUAAGACUGUCCAUGUAGGAGGAGAUUUGAUUGUCAGCUGUAAAUACCCAGAAUCCCUCAGGAGUGACUCCAAGUUUCUCUGCAAGACGAGGCUGCAACGUGCUGCUUGUUCUUAUAAAGCAUCUGUUAAAGAAAGUAGAAAAUAUGUCAAUGAGGGGAAAUUCUCCUUGUAUGAUGACGGAGAAACACAAAUGUUGACUGUGAGUAUUAGAAAUGUAACUGAGCAGGACUCUGGUGAAUACUGGUGUGGAGCUGAAGCAGCCUGGAAAUCUGAUCAUGGAUACAAGGUUUAUUUCACACAGAUCCACCUGACAGUUACUGGAUUUCCAGCUUUCACUGUCAUCACUGUGUCUGUAAUUCUGCUUCUGCUUCUAGUGCUUCUGAUUGGAGUCAUAUUCCUCAUUGUGAUUCUACAUAAGAGAUGCAGGACGCAAAGUCCAGGAAUAAUGACACUCACUUACAGAGAGACAAAUGGAGAUUAUGAAAAUGACCCAAACGUGCUUCAUUUCCAGUCAAGACAAAUGACCAACCAAUCAGAUUCAGUCUCCCAAGUCUGAACCCAACACCAACCAAUCAGAUUCAGUCUACCAAAGUCUGAACCCCAACACCAACCAAUCAGAUUCAGUCUACCAAAGUCUGAACCCCAACACCAACCAAUCAGAUUCGGUCUACCAAAGUCUGAACCCCAACACCAACCAAUCAGAUUCAGUCUACCAAAGUCUGAACCCCAACACCAACCAAUCAGAUUCAGUCUACCAAAGUCUGAACCCCAACACCAACCAAUCAGAUUCGAUCUACCAAAGUCUGAACCCCAACACCAACCAAUCAGAUUCGGUCUAACAAAGUCUCAAGUGUUAAACCGACCAGUUGGACACAGUUGGAGUCAGAAAUUGCCCUCUAACCAAUGAGAUUGUUGCUGCCAGAUUCUCUAUUAAACUGGACUGGCCUCUCAUUUGAAAAUUAUUCGAGUUUCAAACUAAACUGUGGAAUAACCUGUCAAGAUCAGAUAAUGUAAAUGAAUAGUUUUUCAAAAAGCCAGUUUAUCGCUGUUCAGAAGUUUGCUAUAUGCUUGGAAACCAGCACAUGGAAGUGCUUCAUCCUCAUCCUGAAAUGUGGUCAAAUAAAGUGUAUAAAAGAUGCCAUUUCAUAUGUUAGAUAUCAUGUGUUCUGUGAUUACCUGAUGCUGAAAGUUUGUGCUUCUGGGUUUGUUUUGAGAGUCAGGAUUUGAGUUGUUCACAAAAUUACACACACCUCCUUCAAGUUACAUUUCUGAUGUGUGAUGAUUUUCAUAACCUCCAUGACACAGGGUUAGAGGUUAGUUAGAAGUUUCAGCUCAAUAGCAUCGCUCAACAAUCAACAGUGAACAUUUAUUAUUAUUUAUUGUUAUUUUUAUCAUGAAUCAUCAUUUAUCAUUCCCGACUUUAAUCACUUUUAAUCAUUUUAUAUAAUCAUUUUCCAUAUUAAUGCUGUAAUGAUGCAUUUGCCUCCUAAUGUUUUUGGAACUUUGGGAGGAGUAAGCUUAGCCACACACUGAUUUUUACUGAUUUACUGAUUUACUUGUAAUUUCAUGAUUAUAAUUACUAUUCUCUGUCUUUUUUAUUUUCACUUUGAUUAUUAAACAUUUAAUUAAUCAUAAAGGGGAGUGUAGAAUAUUAUGUAUUUUAAACUCCACUCAAUGCUUCCUGUGUGUUGUACGUUUACUCCUUUACAUUUUGAGUACUGCAUCGAUAAUGGACUGUGGUUGCUAUGCGUUACUUGGUAGGUUCUAUUUUCUAGACUUAGGUCACUUUUGAGUUUCCAGCCACAGAGGGUUUGUAAGAAAGAGAGUCAAAGGUUACAGGUGUUUUGGAUGAUGAGACCAUGAAGGGGUCAAAUGAAUAAAUGAAUAAAUUCUGUCUCCAUCCCUCCACUUUUGUGGCUGCCUGCAUCUCUUUAUGAAGAAAAAACUACACUAUGAAAUUCUGUGCUUCAGGUCUUUCUCCUGGUCAAAAUAACAAACUCCCAAAAACUUGACAAAUGAAACAAAAGCAGCAGCAGCUGAAAUGGGAAAUGUUAUGCGAUCAUGGACUUUGUAAUGUUGUAAUUCUGUUCUUAUUCUCUUCACAUUAAGAACAAAAAGCAGUUAGACAGAUUCAGGGAUAUUUCUGGGGGAUAUAAGAACAUAUUCUGAUACAGUUUCAUUGUAAUUGUUAGAUCCUUGGCUACACACCCUUCCACACUUCAGUACUCACAGACAAUGGUCUACUUACCCCUGGCUCCGCCCACUUACAGGCUUCUUAACAUGACAUGAACCUGGACUAUUUCAGUACUGACCUGAACAGUUGCUGCUCCAAAGCACUUAUAGUGGUCAUGCACGUUACACACGCACAAUGCGAUUCGAGCUUUCUCUUGAGUUUUGGUCACAUUUUUAUUCUUACAUGGAUGUAGUGCUUCCCUCCUGUGUGUCUCACAUUAUCCUCUAGAUGG